UAUGUACGGAGGUAUAAGAGUACUGCCAACCCUUCCAAGCGUAAAGAACGAUGAUAAUGAUGAUUUAGACGCUGAUGAAAAUGUAGCGGAACCAGCUUCCAGCAUGAAAAAGGUAAAACUUGGUAAGAAGAUUGAAACUGGAAGAUUUACGAAUUCUGCUAGAUUAACAUCAUCUUUCUCUACGGAAUCUCAAUUCUCUAGGAAAGGGAAAAGUAGGCCUUCUUGUGUUCAGAUGGCACCAAACGGGGAUUUUAUUAUCGUUGAUUGUGCUGAUAAGCUAGUAAGAGCAUUUAAUCGAAUGGGCCAGGCUCGUCUCGAAAUUGGACAGGGAUGUCUAAAGAAACCAUGGAACGUUACCGUUAUCGAUAAUAACUACUACGCUGUGUCUGAUCCUGGGGCUAAUAGUAUAAAAAUAUUUGAUGUUAGACAACCCCAAAAGAUAGUCCGAACGAUUGAUUUUGGCCCCACAAUUCUAGAACCAUUUGGCCUCUGUAUGAAUAAAUCUCACACUGAUUUGAUUGUAACCGAUAAAGGAACUGGACGUAUCUAUAUUUUUGACAAAGAUGGGCCUGUCAAAACAAGCGUAGAGCCACGUUCUCGAUUAACCUGGCCCCAAUACGUUGCUCUCGGUGAUGAAGAAAGUGUUCUGGUGACUGACUAUGUUGAUCAUAAAGUUUACGAAUACGAUAUGAAAGGUAAUGAAAUAUUUGCCUACGGUUCGCAAGGAUCGUCAGAUGAAGAAUUUCUAGGACCUCAAGGUUUGACAGUAGACAAACAUGGCUAUAUUUUUAUUGCCGAUUCAGCAAAUAACCGCAUUCACGCUUUAGACAAGAACGGUAAUUUUAUAAAACAUGUGGUAACAGAAAAGGAUAAACUAGAUCGCCCUCAAUCACUGACUAUUGAUAGAGACGGCUACCUAGUGAUAGCCGAGUAUGGAGGAUUCAUUAAGCUAUUUGAAUAUUUAAACUAA